CCAAUAAAGAUCCAACAGUGGUUCGGGUUUUCCCGAGUUCUUAUCCCGUUUUACCAGCACGCUUCUACCUUCGCCGGCGAAGACUCUUCCUUCAGUUCUCCGUCACUGAACCCUCGCCGGAGCAUCAAAAUGGUAACGUCUGCAAUUGCUGGAACUUCAAUUGCGCCAAUCUCUUUCCGGCACCAAACGUCUUCUUCGUCUCUGCUUUCCUCUAGAAGCUUAAGGAAACAUGUAGUUUCUGUUCACCGAAGUCCAUAUUCUGAUUCAUCAGCUAUUGGAUUUUCAAGCAAGAAGUUGAGGAACCCAUUAAAGUUCAAUGAGCACGAAUCCGGUGCUCAUACCAAUUCAAGCUAUGGUGUUAUCGUAGCAAAAGAGGGGGGUAAUCCACCCAUCAUGCCCGCCGUGAUGACACCAGGGGGCGCGUUGGAUCUUUCUACCGUGUUAUUCAGGAAUCGAAUUAUCUUCAUUGGACAACCAGUCAAUUCUGCAGUUGCUCAGAAAGUAAUAUCACAACUUGUGACCCUUGCAACUAUAGAUGAAAACGCAGAUAUUUUGAUCUAUCUUAACUGUCCUGGUGGAAGCACGUACUCUGUCUUGGCAAUAUAUGACUGCAUGUCAUGGAUAAAGCCUAAGGUUGGUACAGUAUGUUUUGGAGCUGCUGCAAGCCAAGGAGCACUUCUUCUUGCCGGUGGAGAAAAGGGCAUGAGGUACGCAAUGCCAAAUGCACGUAUAAUGAUUCAUCAACCUCAAAGUGGCUGUGGAGGGCACGUGGAGGAUGUGCGGCGUCAAGUAAACGAAGCGGUUCAAUCUCGCCAGAAAGUCGACAAAAUGUAUGCUGCCUUUACUGGCCAACCAAUUGAGAAGAUACAAGCAUACACUGAAAGGGAUCGUUUUAUGUCUUCCUCUGAGGCCAUGGAGUUUGGUCUCAUCGACGGGGUGCUAGAAACAGAAUACUAGUUGCAAAUG